AAUGUUAUCAAUGAAACAUAAACAACCCCGCUUAAACCCCUAAAAAAGUAAAAAUUCACAAAAUCAGUGACAGUGUCUCUUCUUUCUGGAACAAUUACUAAAUAGAACUCAGUUCAAUUGAUCCAACCGAUAAAAAUGUUUAUCCGUAAAGCUGCUCGUUUCGCCGAAAAAGCCGAUCCAAAAUCGACAUCACUCACUCCCAUCCUGAGACAUUUCUGCCUCAGAAUCGACGACAGUCCCGUAAAACGGCAAGAACGAAAAUUGCGACAGUGGCGAAAAAUGCCCGAUCGGAGUCCCCAAAGUUUCCUCGCUCUCUGGGAUAAGUCUGCCAUGGCCCCGAAGGCAAAGCGGGACAGGAGUUUCGGAAACCUGGAGCGUGGCGAAGAAAUCGACUUCAGCAUCGCCGGCAUUAAACGAUUUUUUGCCGAGGCGAAAGUAGAUUUCAAGAAGGAUAAUCAGAAAUUCAUCAAAGAGAGGCUCGAGAUUCUCGGAGCGGAUUUGGCGGCCGCGCAUUUCCUUCUUUUUCGCGGAGGAAAAGUCAGAUUCAGGGGUCACACCGCCUGGAUGAAACCGGAGGAUUAUCCACAUUUGCCGACUGUUUUCGACGCGAAAUACAUUCUCGACGCGAUUGACUGCACGGGGAUGGAACUCUUCUACGAGGGCUUGCUCAAUUUGGAGAAUUUAACGAGAGUGAAAUGGGUGAGUUUCAGGGGAAAUCCGGUUUUUGACGAGUGGUGCCUGGACCGCAUCGUGGGACAAAUGCCUCGCUUGGAGUACCUGGAUGUUUCGGAUUGUCCGAAACUUAAUGAAAGGGGUCUCGAGGCUCUAUAUAAACUUUUUAACCUCAAAACUCUGAUUGUUACGAAUCAUCAGAAGUCUGCGGCGUUUGAAUUGACGUGUAUGAUGUUGGGGGACUGUAAUCCGAAUUUAAACUAUGAAAUUCUCGAACCUGGAGAGGAAUCGAAAUUGUCUGUAUUUGAGGCUCAAAGCAAACGCGAAACUGAGGCUAAAGUUUGAAGUUAAAAUUCGAGAAUGGUCGGUAUUGUUGAGAAAUUGAUAGAUAUACUUUUAUUGGAGUAAAUAAAUAGCUCACUUGUAAUCUUUAA